UCAUGGAGAAGGCUGAAGACACAACCUCCACUAGCUCCAUGCGUUUGAAACAGGAGAUCUCUCUGUUGCAUGGCGUCUGCCUGAUCGUAGGGAAUAUGAUUGGCUCAGGCAUUUUUGUAUCACCAAAAGGUGUACUUUUGCAUUCAGGCUCCUUUGGCUUGUCACUAGUGGUUUGGGCUAUUGGUGGCAUUUUCUCUGUCUUUGGUGCCCUCUGUUACGCUGAACUCGGCACCACCAUCCGCAAGUCAGGCGCCAGCUAUGCCUACAUUCUAGAGUCCUUUGGAGGCUUCCUGGCUUUUAUUCGUCUGUGGACUUCACUCAUUAUUGUAGAACCAGCUUGCCAGGCAGUCAUUGCUCUUACCUUCUCCACCUACCUUGUUCAGCCCUUCUACCCCAGCUGCACUGCUCCGUAUGCAGCAGUACGCCUCAUUGCAGCACUCAUCAUUGCUCUGCUGACCUUCGUGAACUGUAUGAAAGUGAAAUGGGGGGCCAUCCUGCAGGUCAUUUCUACUGUGGCAAAAGUUCUGGCUCUCAUCGUCAUAAUCAUUGCUGGGAUGGUUGUACUUGCCAAUGGUAAGACGGAAAACUUCAAUGACUCUUUUAAGGGCUCUGAGCUGAACCCUGGGGACAUGGCUUUGGCCUUGUAUGCUGCUCUCUACUCUUACUCUGGUUGGGACACUCUCAACUUCAUAACCGAGGAGAUCAAAAACCCAGAGAGGAAUCUACCACUGUCUAUUGCGAUCUCCAUGCCCAUUGUCACGGUGAUCUACCUCUUGACCAAUGUGGCCUAUUACACAGUAAUGGAUAUGCAAACUGUGUUGGAGAGUGAAGCUGUGGCUGUGACAUUUGCUGAUAGUGUUCUUGGCUUUGCCCGCUGGCUGAUCCCCCUGUCUGUGGCCAUUUCCUGUUACGGAGGUCUCAACUCCUCCAUCAUCGCUGCCUCCAGGUUGUUCUUUGUUGGAUCAAGGGAGGGACAUUUGCCAAACUUUCUCUCCAUGAUCCAUGUUAAGCGCUACACACCUAUCCCAGCUUUGUUGUUCAAUGGUGGCAUGGCCUUGCUUUUCCUGUGUGAGAGAGACGUGUUCCGGCUUAUUAAUUACUUCAGCUUUAAUUACUGGCUCUUCAUUGGCCUGUCCAUUGGCAGUUUGAUCUACCUGCGUAUAACAGCUCCUGAGAUGCCGCGCCCUGUCAAGCUGAGUCUAUUCUUCCCAAUAGUUUACUGUUUAUGCACCGUGUUCCUGGUAGUGGUACCGCUGUACAGUGACUUUGUAAACUCUCUGGUGGGCAUUCUUGUGGCUCUCUCUGGAGUUCCAUUCUACUUCAUCUGUGUGUACCUGCCUCCCAGCUCCAGACCUGCCUUCCUUGGGGAAAUGCUUGAUAUGUUCUCAUUGUACACCCAGAAGCUGUGUUUCUGCUGUGUAGCAGAGCAAGACCUUGACCUUGACAAUCCACCUGAAGGGGGAAAAACUGAAUAAACCGGAACUGAUUUUAGGAACUCUUUCCCUGUUCCUGAUCCACUCCAGCUAGUAGAAGGAACCAGAGGAUUUUUUUUGGAGGAUUUUAUCUACGAUUUCUCACAUUUUAGGUACAUUUUUGUAAUGUUUUUGAAGAAAACACCAUCCAGUGGACCCUAUAAUUAGCUUCCACUCUCAGUGAGUGUGGAAAGAAUUGAGCUGAGAUUGAGAAUACAUGUUGUGAGUGACUGCCACUGAGGCAUAAAUGGGAUCUGGUAAAUGCUGUGGUCUUAAGGGAGCAUUUCAUAUACUGUUUACCAUUCCUGGGAGAACAUUGGCAUUAGAUAGGAUUACUGACACACAGACUCAAUGAGCAGUUGCUUUGUCAUAAGCUUUAUUCUUUUCCCCAUUUGGUCUUUAUAGAUUGCUCUUUAUUGGUCCAUAUCUUUUGAGCUUUAUUCUUUUUUUUUUUUUUUUUUUUUUUCCUCUUCUCCUCACACUGUCUGUGUGGACCAAGUGAACACACACUAGCACAUUAUCAGUACUUUCUGUUAGCCAAAAUCAUAUAAAUUACAUUUAUUUGCUCUUUACUAGGGAAAACUUGCAUUUUUAACAAAACUUGUAUCGUAAACAUGAAUUGCCUGUAUUAAAUAAUGCGAAUCAAAUUAAUGCUACAUUGAGAGUAAGAGGCAACCGUCCAUUUGGCCCAAUAGGUUAUACAUAGUUAUUCAAGUGCACGCACCUGCCUCAUGUUAUUUCCAUCAUAAAUUCACAUCAGCCAGAAUCAGAAUAGUAGAGUGGGCAAUUGCUUCUUUCCAGACAAAAAAUGGCAGAUUCUGAUCUUGGCCAAUUCCAGCCAUGCACUCCUGUUAUAUUCCUUGAGCACCAAAUGUUUAUUUUUUUCUGUUAUGUUAUUAGUGGUUAGUGACCUAUUUUCUUGUGAAAUAGCCAUUUACUAAGUACACUAAUUGGUACAGAUGUUACUUUGAAACUGUCUAUAUGAAUUUGGGAAGAAUGUUUAUCAUAAUUUUCUGGGACUACUUUAGUUUGAGCAUGUUUCCAACUCAAAGCAAUGUUUCCCAUGUUAUUGAGGAUUCCGUUUUUAUCUUUAGACACUUUUUUGGGGGGGGGUGGGCAAUGUUGAUGUCACACAGUGGUGUCAUUAACCUUCGUUCUGUUGACGCACAAGCUUUGAGUGCAACCGAAUUGUGCCGCCCAGCAUCUCUGCUAUGUAGAGAUAUAAACUUUGUAGAACGUUUCAAGUGCCACAAAGACCGUGAACCUUUAGUGCUAGGCUUAAACUAAAUUACAAUCAGUGGUUUCUCUACUCAAUAUGUUGUUUUCAGUUCAGAGAGGAUUUUCCAAUUAAUUGUGUUUUUACUCUGAUAAUGUCAGCACCACUUGCAUAAAUCAUUUCCUUGGGUUCUAUUUUCAUCCUGUCGGCAAAAUGACCAGAGCUUGAGGCACAGUAUUGGUCAUGGAGAGCUAACUUUUCUGUAGUUCUCGGUUCAGGAUCAUGAGGGAGCAUCUGAGCAUUAAAGCCGGGUGUGCUGCUCUGUACAGCAGCAGCUUUAACAGACCAGCUUGUGUGGUCUGGCUGUGGUUCCCAGCCUAGUUGUCGGGGCCCCUCAACCAAGCUACAUUUAUAUUCUGUUUCAGAUUUAGCAAACCAAAAAAUAGUGUAGUUUUGUCUGAGGGGUGCCCAGCAAACUAGUUUGAGAACCUUUUGACCAAAGCCAUAUUUUUAUUUAAAAGCAUACACGUUCAGAUUUUAUUUUUGUCUGUGAAACUUGUAGAUGUAAUGGUAAAAUAAAUGGAACAGAGCUAGAAUAGAGCUAAAAGGGACCUGGGCCUGUGGAGUGGCUGGCUUAAGAACUUCUGUUCAAAUCUUGUUUUUCAAGUUUCUAUAGUUGAAUUAAAGUUGAAAUGUUUUUUAAAAAAAAGCCACUUCAUAAUGGUUUACUGUAGGUUUUACUAAAUGAGGAAUAUAUUCUAGACUAGCUUUUGUUCAUGUAGGGUUUUUUAUGUCCUAAUACUUAGAGGCUUGUAGUCCAAAUUGCAAAGAUCUUCUUUUAAAGGGUUUCAGGUAACAGUGGUGGUUUGAGAAGUCUGAAUUUUCGACUUUGUCUUUCAUCUGAAUUUUCAGCAUAUACGCUGCAAACCAGCACCAAAACCUCUGCUGUCACAUUCUCAGUACUUUAAGCCUAUGUAUGUCUCAGACUUUGUGAAAUGCUAUCUGUGGUUUUCACUUGUCCUCUAAACAUGCACAAGUACUGUAUAGUUAUCAUGUGCCUUCUGUAAAGUUGACGUAUGACCAAAUUUUGAUGUUUAUGGUACAAAUUGUUUAAUUGUUCAAUAUAAAGGUUAUUCUAUAAAAUGAUGUUUACCAUCAUAUACGAAUCACUCAAUGCUGUGUUCACCCUGCUUGAUUGUGCUGUUCAGUGGUAAUUGCACUUGAAGUUGCUGUGGCUGGUGUAUGCAAUAUAAUGUUCACUUUGAGAAGUCUUUCUUGCCAUGUACACAUUCUGAGUUUGUUCUUUUUUGCAUCAAGUCUCAGCAUUCCUCCUUAUUUUUCAAUGUAGUGAAUGGAAAAAUCCUCUGGAGGGUGCUGCUGUGCAACAUAAUGAUUUCAAGCCCUUCACAAUCACUGGAAUGAGCAAUAAGCCAUUUGCUGCAAAAAUAUAUUGCACUUGUUAUCAA